GGGAUCUUCCAAACCGAAUAUCUAGAAAAAAAAACAUAGCUACAUAAUUAACUAGAGAGCUUGUUGCAUAAAUGUCAUUGCAAAUGACACACGUUAAUUGCCUUAUCAUUACGUUCGCAAUGGUAUUACAAGAAACGUUUUCUAUAUGGCCUCCGCCUUACAAUCUUACUCUUAAUGAUGAAGAAACCUUCGAAAUUUUCGAUCCUAUAGACCCGGAGGAUCUGCAGGAAGUUUACGACGAAGAAAUGAUCAGUAAAGAAGAUAUGAGAAAUUUGCAAGUGGAAUCCGACAACGAUAAAUACUACAGAAUCCACCGCAGUGUUAACAACGAUAAAGAAAAUAGUUGGGAUAUUGGAGAAGAACCGGUGAAGAAACGAGAGAUUUUCGAAGAGUUCAAUCCAGAUGUGGAAUAUCCUGCUCCUUUUAAAGCCGGCUUAGUUAACGCAGAAGGGGAAUUCGUGAACGAGGACGAUGUGAUUUAUUUCGACGAUAGAAACGAAGAUGUCGCGGGCAAGAAAAAACGAGAAGAUCAAGUAUCCACAGAGGAUAAUUACGAUUAUAAUAAGCUGAAGGAACAAUUCGAUAACGAAGUGAAACAAGCCUCAGUAUCGAACGAAACUGUAAAUUACACUAACGUUAAAGAAGACGAAUCCAUUAAAGAUAGCAUUAAAACGUUUUUGGAUAUUGGGAAAGAACCGAAAAAUUGCACAAACGAGGAAAGAAAAGGAAUAGGUUUGGGCGCUAUAGAAUGCUUAUGGGCAGAUUUCCGCAAACCGAAAUUAAGGAAUCACUUACUCGAAAAAGUUAUUCGCAUUGCACUAAUUUGGUUUAUUGUUUACUUAGUGAUAGCAAUACCACUUUGGUGCCAGUAUGGAUGGUGUUGUUGUUGCUGCAGGUGCGCGAUUUGUAGACCUCUCGAACAAAUCGAGGAGGUGAAACGAUUUUGCGCGCAAAAUCCUCCGGGUACCUACCACGAUGAGGACGGAAACGCCACCAAAUACGAGCCGACCAGAUUCGAGAAAUACGCUCAAAAGGCGCUCGAAAAGCAAUUAAGAGACAUGUAGCCUACACCUACCUGGAUAACCUGGCAGGCCCUUUC